AUGGAAAAGUUGUCGAGAAGCCUAAGCAAAAGCUUGGGAGAGUUGCUAACGAGCGAUAGUAACCAUUUCUCUAGGAGAAGUGGUUCGAUCGACGACCACGACGGGGAAGCUCUUAAAUGGGCCGCUCUAGAAAAACUCCCAACCUUCACUCGUCUACGUACCACUAUCUUCCAACCUUAUGAUCUCGUCGACGUCACUAAACUUGGUGUUGAUGAUCGUCAGAAGUUUAUCGAUUCUAUCUUCAAAGUCACCGAGGAAGAUAACGAGAAGUUCUUGAAAAAGUUGAGGAAACGAAUCGAUAGAGUCGGGAUAAAGUUACCAACCGUGGAAGUGAGAUUCGAGAAUUUAACGAUAGAGGCGAAUUGUCACAUCGGAAAAAGAGCUCUUCCGACGUUACCUAAUGUUGCCUUAAACAUUGCAGAGAAAAGUCUUGGUUUACUUGGUUUUAACUCAACUAAAACCACCAAGCUCACCAUCCUUAGAGAUGCCUCCGGUAUUAUCAAACCUUCAAGGUCCACCAUCAUCAGGGAAAACAACUCUUUUAUUGGCGUUAGCUGGAAAGUGAGAGGGAGAAUAGCAUACAAUGGGCAUGGAUUAGAAGAGAUUGUGCCACAGAAAACAUCAGCAUACAUAAGCCAAAACGAUGUUCAUAUAGGAGUUAUGACUGUCCAAGAGACUCUUGAUUUCUCCGCUAGGUGCCAAGGCAUUGGCACUAGAUACGAUUUGUUAAGUGAAUUGGUGAGAAGAGAGAAGGACGUAGGGAUAUUGCCUGAACCGGAAGUGGAUCUAUUCAUGAAGUCCGCUGCAGCUGGAAAUGUUAAGAGCAGUCUCAUUACAGACUACACUCUCAAAAUAUUAGGGCUUGACAUAUGCAAAGAUACUGUGGUCGGAGAUGAGAUGGUAAGAGGAAUCUCAGGUGGUCAAAAGAAAAGAGUAACAACAGGAGAAAUGAUAGUAGGACCAACAAAGACACUGUUCAUGGACGAGAUAUCGACAGGUCUAGACAGUUCAACAACAUACCAAAUAGUGAAAUGUCUUCAAGAGAUUGUUCGGCUCUCGGACGCAACGAUUCUCAUGUCCUUGUUACAACCAGCUCCUGAAACGUUCGACCUCUUCGAUGACAUCAUUCUAUUGUCGGAAGGACAGAUCGUGUACCAAGGUCCACGUCACCAUGUUCUUAACUUUUUUGAGACUUGUGGUUUCAAAUGUCCCGAUCGCAAAGGCACCGCCGAUUUCUUGCAAGAGGUAACUUCAAAGAAAGACCAAGAACAGUAUUGGGCAGACACCACAAAACCAUACAGAUACAUUCCUGUCUCUGAAUUCUCUAAAAGAUUCGAAAGCUUCCAUGUCGGAGCCAAUCUUGAAGAUGAUCUAUCCGUCCCUUACGACAGAUUCAAAUCACAUCCAGCUUCUCUUGUGUUCAACAAACACUCUGUUCCAAAAUCUCACCUCUUCAAGAUCUGUUGGGACAGAGAAGUUCUUCUCAUAAAACGCAACACUUUCUUCUACGUUUUCAAGACCGUUCAGAUCACUAUUAUGGCCUUGAUCGCCUCGACCGUGUACCUGAGAACAGAGAUGAACACAAAGAACGAGAAUGAUGGAGCCGUCUACGUUGGUGCAUUGACGUUCGCCAUGAUCGCUAACAUGUUCAAUGGGUUCGCUGAACUUUCUAUGAUGAUUCAAAGACUUCCCGUGUUCUACAAGCAACGGGACCUUUUGUUUCACCCUUCUUGGACCUUCACUCUCCCAACAGUUCUCUUGAGCAUUCCUAUCUCCAUCUUCGAAUCCGUUGUUUGGGUCAGCAUUACCUAUUACUUGAUCGGAUUUGCUCCAGAAUUUAUCAGGUUCUUGAAGCAUUUAUUGGUGAUAUUUCUGACACAGCAAAUGGCUGGUAGUAUUUUCCGAUUUAGCGCGGCAACUUGUAGAUCGAUGAUUCUUGCAAAUACGGGAGGAUCUCUAGUUGUUAUGCUCCUCUUCUUGCUUGGAGGAUUCAUUGUUCCUAGAGGUGACAUUCCUAUAUGGUGGAAAUGGGCAUACUGGGUUUCACCAAUGGCUUACACUUACGAUGCUUUGACUGUCAACGAAAUGCUUGCUCCUAGAUGGAUGGAUCAACCGUCUUCUGAUAAUUCCACUAGGUUAGGAUUGGCCGUUCUAAAGAUUUUCGAUGUUUUCACCAAUCCAAGCUGGUACUGGAUCGGGGUAGGAGUCCUUCUCGGGUUUGCGAUUCUCUUUAACAUCCUAGUCACCCUCGCUCUUACAUAUCUAAACCCAAUUGAGAAAACGCAAGCCAUGGCUUCUAAAGGGAAUGCAGAAGAAAAUAGAGCCGAGAAUGACUUAGAGAGUAAGAUCACUUACGUGAAAAGAGGAAUGGUUCUACCUUUUACUCCUCUCACAAUGUCCUUCGACAAUGUCAACUACUACGUCGACAUGCCUAAGGAACAAGAAGUAGCCAAGGAUAAGCUUCAGCUACUAAGGGAAGUGACAGGGGUGUUUAGGCCAGGAGUGUUAACAGCUUUGAUGGGAGUUAGUGGAGCUGGUAAGACCACUUUAAUGGAUGUUUUGGCGGGUAGAAAGACCGGUGGAUACAUCGAAGGAGACAUUAGAAUAUCAGGUUUCCCUAAAAGACAAGAAACUUUUGCAAGAAUCUCUGGUUAUUGUGAACAGAACGAUAUCCACUCACCGCAAGUCACUGUUAGAGAGUCUCUCAUCUACUCUGCUUUCCUUCGUCUCCCAAAAGAAGUCACCAAAGAUGAGAAAAUGAGAUUUGUGGACCAAGUUAUGGAGUUAGUAGAGCUAAUGAGUCUAAAAGACGCGAUAGUUGGACUUCCUGGGAUUACAGGAUUAUCAACAGAACAGAGGAAGAGACUCACAAUCGCAGUGGAAUUAGUGGCGAAUCCUUCCAUCAUAUUCAUGGAUGAGCCGACCUCAGGGCUUGAUGCGAGGGCUGCAGCGAUUGUGAUGAGGACGGUGAGGAACACAGUUGACACAGGAAGAACUGUGGUAUGCACAAUCCAUCAACCUAGCAUUGAUAUCUUUGAAGCUUUUGAUGAACUUUUGCUUAUGAAAAGAGGAGGACAAGUGAUUUACGCUGGUCCUUUAGGCCGAAACUCCCACAAGAUUAUCGAUUAUUUCCAGACGAUUCCUGGAGUUCCGGAAAUUAAAGAGAAGUAUAAUCCGGCGACAUGGAUGCUAGAAGUGAGCUCAAUGGCUGCAGAAGCUAAGCUCAAGAUAGAUUUUGCUGAACAUUACAAAACAUCAUCACUAUAUCAACAAAACAAGAAACUUGUAAAGGAAGUAAGCACACCUCCCCAAGGAGCACAAGAUCUCUACUUCUCUACGCAGUUCUCACAAUCAUUGUUAGGACAGUUCAAAUCUUGUUUGUGGAAGCAGUGGAUAACUUACUGGAGAACUCCUGACUACAAUCUAGCCAGAUUUUUCUUUACACUGGUUGCAGCUCUCAUGGUCGGAACAAUUUUCUGGAAAGUUGGCACAAAAAGGGACACUGCGAAUGAUCUUACAAAGGUUAUUGGAGCAAUGUAUGCUGCGGUUUUAUUCGUGGGCAUAAAUAAUGCUACAUCUGUCCAACCGCUAGUUGGCGUGGAACGAACUGUGUUCUAUCGAGAAAGAGCUGCUGAAAUGUACUCUGCUUUACCCUAUGCCCUUGCACAGGUGGUAUGCGAAGUACCGUAUGUGCUUAUCCAAACUACGUAUUAUACGCUAGUUGUAUAUACAAUGUUGUGUUUCGAAUGGACAGUAGCCAAAUUCUUUUGGUUUUUCUUUGUAUCAUUCUUCUCCUUCCUCUACUUUACAUACUACGGGAUGAUGACAGUUUCCGUCACCCCGAACCAGCAAGUCGCUGCGGUUUUUGCAGGAGCUUUCUACGGACUAUUCAACCUGUUCUCCGGUUUUCUCAUCCCUAGACCGAGAAUCCCAAAAUGGUGGAUAUGGUACUACUGGAUCUGUCCAGUUGCUUGGACUGUUUAUGGACUGAUUGUUUCACAGUACGGUGACGUGGAGGAUACGAUCAAAGUUCCGGGUAUGGUGGAGGAUCCGACGAUAAAAUGGUACAUUGAAAAUCAUUUUGGGUACGACCCGAAUUUCAUGGGCCAAGUAGCAGCUGUGUUAGUGGGCUUUACUUGCUUUUUUGCUUUCAUGUUUGCCUUCGGGAUUAAAAUGUUAAACUUCCAACAAAGACAACUUCCAGAUGAUUUGGUAGAGGAGAUACUCUGUUACGUUCCGGCCACAGAUCUGAAACGAUUACGAUCUACUUGCAAAAGAUGGAACUUUUUAUUCGACAACCGGAGAUUCGCAAAUUAA